AUGUUUAAAUUAGUUUAUAAGCGUAUAAUUCCUUUUGCCUUUAAUCGUGCUAAUUCAGGAUACAUUCUUUCUAAAUCUAAUAAUGGCACUUUAAUACCUAUAACUCGUCGUUAUGUUAAUCAACUCUCAACACAAACAGAGAAACUAGUGUCAAAAAAAUAUGAAUCACCCCAAUUCAAUACAAAGAUUAUGAAUUUCCUUUAUAGUCAUAAACAAAGUCCCAUCCCAACGUCAGAAAAAAACGUAGUCUUGACUAAUUGUCCUCAUUGCUAUAAAGUACGAAAAAAUAGUUUUGCCGCACAUCUUAACCUUGAAAAGGGCAGCUAUCAUUGUACGACAUGUAAAACAAAAGGAAGUUUUAGUGAAUUUAGAAGGACUCUCAAGAAAAAGGUGCCAUCCCAACUAGAAUCUGAAAAGUUUACAAUUACAACACCAGGUAGUAAUUUGGCUAACUCAGUCAAUAAUAAUAGCACUUCUAUUUCGAAUUCUCAAUUAGAAUGUACAACAGCAUUAAUAAACGAUCCUGUGUUGUUGGAUCAGUUUCAAGAAAAACAUAAAAUUACAAAAGAAACAUUAGAGACGUAUAAAGUUGGCAUCAAGCAAGUGCAAGAUACCUCUUGUUUGACAUUCCCUCAAACAACACUUAUUUAUGAUGAUGAGUUUAAGAUAAACACAAUGCGGCUCAAAAUGUGCUCGUUAGAGGAUCCUACACAAGUUGUGCGAUUAGAUCCGCCUACAACAGGAAAAGAGAGAACAUCUGGCCUUUUUGGUUAUCAAACAGCUUCAACGACAGAUGAUACAAUCAUAUUAACUAGACGUGAAUUAGAUGCUAUGGCAGCAUAUCAAGUAACUGGUAUACCCUCAUUUUCCAUUCCAACAUCUAAUUAUCAGCUUCAAGAAUCUGUUUUGCCCUUAUUAGAAAGAUUUAAUAAAAUAUAUUUGUGGAUGGAUGAUGACGUUGAUGGUCAAGUCGCUGCUGAACGAUUUGCACGUAAAUUAGGAGAACAUCGUUGUUUCUUGAUCAAUAAUAUACGCCAGGGUGAUCAGCAGGGGCCUCUGAACGCAUAUGAUGCUCUUCUUCAAAAUCGAGAUCUUAAGGAAAUCGUAGCUGCCUCUGCUCAUGGAAUUAAGCAUGAUCAAAUUGUUGAUUUCCGAGAUGUUCGUGAAGAGGUCUAUAACGAAAUCUUACAUCCUGAGCAAACUCAAGGUGUACAGUCAAAAGAUUUACCAACGUUAAAUAAACUUUUAAAAGGUCAUCGUCCUGGUGAGUUAACGAUCUUUACAGGACCCACAGGAGCUGGUAAAACUACAAUCGCUAGUCAGUUAAGUUUAGAUUUUUGUAAAUCAGGUGUACCUACAUUAUGGGGAUCAUUUGAGAUUAUGAAUAGACGACUAGCUAAAAAGAUGCUGUUUCAAUUUGCUGGAAAGGAUUUAAGUAAAACUCCAGAAGAGUUUGAUCAAUAUGCAGAUCAAUUCGAGCAGUUACCCCUUUAUUUUUUAAAAUUUUUUAGUAGCACAGCAAUUCAUGAUGUAUUACAAGCCUGUCAUCAUGCCGUCUAUUCUUAUGAUAUACGACACAUUAUACUCGAUAAUUUACAAUUUAUGCUGUCACAACAAGCUGGAAAUGGUUUGGAUAAAUGGGAUAUCCAGGAUAAUGCAAUUGCUGAAAUUCGAAAGUUUGCCACUCAACAAGAUGUUCAUAUAACCUUGGUUGUUCAUCCUCGAAAAGAUAAUGGUACAAGCGAUCAAUUAGAUAUUCAUUCAAUCUUUGGUAGUGCCAAGGUUACUCAAGAAGCUGACAAUGUCAUUAUUCUACAAAAAGAAAGAUCAGGUGAAAGACGUUUGGAUAUUAAAAAGAAUAGAUAUGACGGUACUUUGGGAACCAUCCGAUAUGUAUUCAAUAAAGACACACAUAAGAUUUAUGAAUCAAUAGAUGAAGGAAGACAAUAUAGAAAAGAUAACGAUCCUAGGCAAAGUAUUAAAACUGUUUUUUAUAAGAAUAAGUAA